AUGCCACGCCACGCCACGCCACACCUCACCGUCACACGCCACGCCACACCUCACCGUCCCACACCACGCCACACCUCACCGUCCCACACCACACCACGCCACACCACACCUCACCGUCCCACCCCACGCCACCCCACGCCACGCCACACACCACCGUCCCACACCACGCCACGCCACGCCACGCCACACCUCACCGUCCCACCCACGCCACGCCACGCCAAACCUCACCGUCCCACACCACACCACGCCACACCACACCACACCUCACCGUCCCACCCCACGCCACGCCACCCCACGCCACGCCACGCCUCACCGUUCCACACCACGCCACGCCACACCUUACCGUCCCACGCCAUGCCGUCCCACCCCAUCCCACGCCACGCCAAACCUCACCGUCCCACGCCACGCCAAGCCACACCUCACCGUCCCACACCAUGCCACGCCACGCCACGCCGUCCCACCCCACGCCACGCCACCCCACACCUCACCGUCCCACACCACGCCACCCCACGCCACGCCACGCCACACCUCACCGUCCCACACCACGCCACCCCACGCCACACCUCACCGUCCCACCACGCCACGCCACGCCACACCUCACCGUCCCACACCACAACUCAAUACAACACAUUAAACCUCACGGCCCGGCACAACACAUCACACCAUACAAACACCACAAACACACCAAACACUUAA